UCACGGUGUUUACUCGACCUCUACGUCUCAUCCCACUUCUCCAUUCUUCCUCACCAUACUGACAUCACAGUACACCACCUUCUCAGAUGCAGAUCUCAACUUUUCUUUCUUUUACACUCUUCUUCUUCUUCUUCUCCUCCUUCAAACUAUUCCCGAUUCAAGGUUUGGAGCCAUCGCCGGUGCCUGAUUCCAGCGACGUGGCUUUCUGGCCAACAUCUUUGUCACCGUCGUUGACAGGAUCUCCAUCACCUGAUUCCGACGAAUUCUCGCCUCCGUCUCCCGCAUUGCAUAGAUCUCCGGCUCCAGCACCGGAGAAUGGAGGAGAUGAUAGUAGAGGUGAGCAUUCCGGCGAGAUUGCACCGAGUCCUGCCCCGACGGAAGAUACGGGAUCAGAUACGGUGAGGUGGUGUUCUGUGAGGGACGACUACGAUGAUUGCGAGUACUUCGUGAGCCUUUUCAAGCAAUCUGAAGGUUACACGUGGAAAUGUGUCAAAAGGGACACAACUCAAGGUUGUCUGGAAUCGAUAAAGAAAGGAGAAGCAGAUUUGAUAAACUUAGAAGCUGGAUUGGCUUAUAUUGCAUUCCUUAACUACUCCAUGAAAGCCAUUGCAAAUGAAGUUUACUGUGAUCAAGCCAAAAGCUACCUUGCGGUUGCAGUUGUUAGCAGACAAGCCUGCAUGGACAACGAGAGAAUCAGCUUAUUGGAUUUCAAGGGCAAGAAGUCUUGCCAUGGAGGUUACUCCACAGCAGCCGGUUGGAACUACCCCAUUACUCAUAUCAAAACAUUGCUUGCUUAUGAAAAAUUGAACGACAGGGAGAUUGCGGGGAGUUUUUUCUCCGAGGUUUGUGCUCCUUCUGAGCUUGAGGUGUCCGGUGUUUGUAAUGGAUGUGGUGAUGAAAGUGGCUUUUGCCCUUCCAAGAGUUUGUAUUUUGGUGACUCGGGAGCAUUUAGGUGCCUUGUGGAGGAAAUGGGAGACAUCGCAUUUCUCAAAGCGGAUACUGCUUUGCUCUAUUCUGUGGAGGGACCUCAUAACCAGUCAUGGUCAAACAAGUCAAUUAGAGACUUCAUGUAUCUCUGUCCUCAAGGAGGCUGCAGAGAAAUCAACGGUUAUCCCGGAGCUUGUUCAUAUGGAAGUGUUCCUGCAAACAUGAUUAUGGCAGGUAACUCCAUCGCAACCAAAAAGAAAUUGUUCGUCCUGGAAGCAUUAAUGAACGUUACCAAUGAAGGAAAAGCUAGUGCCAGCCAUCAAAUUAGCCCGAGCACUCAAGGAUUAGAUGCGGUCAAGAUGGUCACAAGGUCUUAUCUGGGAAAAUCAGCUUCAGUUUCACAGAGCAUACAAGAAUUAAAUACCCACAAUACUCAAGCAGCCAACUCUUCCGAAGUAAAUUCAAUACCAGAUGGAUCUUCAAUUUCUUCUGUCUUCCAUCCAUCUGGCAUCCUGUUCGUGUCAAUCUUGUCAAUUUUCAAUAUCUUGUUUUCUUAGAAAUAGAGUGAAAAAUACCUCCAGUGUUUUGUAAAAAAAUAUAAACUGACACGAAUCAUGCAAAGUUAUGCCUGCUGUUUCAUCUUUUCA